UGCGUGGACAGCAUUGCGCAUGUGCCUUCCUCAGGCAGCCAUGGCGAUCCAGGCUGUGAGAAUGUCGUUGGAGCACUGGUCUUGCAAAAUCCCAAGUCCUAGCGUCGCAGUUGCUGCUUUCCUAGACAACUUCACAAGAAUCAGCUGUCCUCAGCUCGCUCUGCUUGCAAACUCUCUUCCUCGGGAUUGGCACGGAUCUUUCAGAGCCAGUUCGUCAGAUCGACUUUACCAGCUUGUGCGCCUUGCCCUGCAGCAAAGAGACACCACCACGCCCUUCCCUGAUCCUUCCGUGAGCGACUACCAAUCGUCACAACCAGCUGUCACAAUGGCGGACCCCAUGAACGCCACUUUUGCGGAGCCCGCCGCGGAGCCGACAUCCUUCGUCGACACGGGAGACAAUGCCUGGCAGCUCACGACGGCCACGUUUGUUGGGAUGCAAACGAUGGUCGGGCUCGUCAUGCUCUACGGAGGCGUGGUCAAGAAGAAGUGGGCUGUUAAUUCGGCGUUCAUGGUUAUGUACUCAUAUGCAGCUGUGAUGAUUGUUUGGGUGCUGUGCGGAUACCGGUUCAGCUUUGGCCAGUACAUGCUGCCGUUCUGGGGCAAGCCGGGGACGGCGCUUGGGGCUGGGUUCUUGACGAUACAAGCAAACUUGUACGAAGCGGAGCUGGCGCCGAACUAUGCCAUGUCAACCAUCGUGUAUUUCCAGUUCGUCUUUGCCGCGAUCACGCCCGUCCUCAUUGCUGGGAGCCUGCUCGCUAGAAUGAACUUCAUGGCGUGGGUUGUGUUCGUCCCGCUGUGGCACGUUCUGAGCUACACAAUCGGCGCUUUCUCUGUCUGGGGCGGCGGCUUCCUCUUCCAGUGGGGCGUGCUCGACUUUGCGGGGGGUUACGUGAUUCAUCUGUCAUCCGGAACGGCAGGAUACGUGGCAGCUUACUGGUUGGGCCCUCGUCUGCUCCGCGACCGCGAGCGCUUCGUCCCCAACAACACCAUCUUCGUCCUCGCCGGCGCGGGCAUGCUUUGGCUCGGCUGGAACGGCUUCAAUGGUGGUGCCCCCUACGCUGCCAACACUGACGCUGCCUUGGCUGUCCUGAACACCAACAUCUGCACUGCCACCAGUAUGCUGACGUGGACCGUCCUCGACACCAUCUUCUUUGGAAAGCCGUCCUGCAUUGGCGCCGUCCAGGGAAUCAUCACGGGGCUCGUCAUGAUCACCCCCGGUGCAGGUUUCAUCCCCGGUUGGGCCGCUAUCGUGGAGGGCCUGUUCGCCGGCUCCGUCCCCUGGUUCACCAUGAUGAUCCUCGCGCGCAAGUCGUCCCUCCUCAAGAAGAUCGACGACACCCUCGGCGUCGUGCACACGCACGCGGUGGCCGGUUUCCUGGGCGGCAUCUUCGCGGGCGUGUUCACGAUGCGCAAGCUCGCGGCCGAGUUCGGGACGCUGCUCCCGUCCAACGGGCUCAUCCAGGGGGGAAUCGGACAGGUCGGCAAGCAGGUCGUGUCGGCGCUCUUCAUCAUCGGCUGGAACAUCGUGAUGACGUCACUCAUCAUGAACUUCAUCAGGCUGAUCGGGAUCCCCCUCCGGAUGGCCGACGAGGUUCUGGAGGUCGGCGACGAGGCGGCGCACGGCGAGGACGCAUAUGCCCUCUGGGGCGAGGGCGACACGUUCGACGAGUCCGUACACGGAUGGUACGGAUACGACCGUACGACCCACGGCGAGAAGAAGGUCGGCCCGCCGGCGGCGGCGCCGGCCGCGGAGGCGAAGCGGCUCGAGACCGCGACGGUGUAA